ACCUUUAAACAAGUUUUUCCCCAUCCCUGGAAUAGUCUUUCUCCUCACCUCCACCCCUUAGAAUCCCUAGCUCCCUUCAGAGGCCAGCUUCAGCGAGUGAGGACAAUCUGAAGUUUCCCUGAGCUGUUUCUGCCUCAGUUAGUGAGAAGAUGAGACCAAAAGGGAGAACCUAGGCAACCUGAGCGUUUUUCAACAAUCCUGGAAGGGAAGCCUCUGUUGGCCAUGGCUACCAAUGACUCUCACCCAGAGUGCCACCCAGCCUCGACUCUCCAUGGCCAGCCCCUCUCUAAGAGCUCCUCCAGCCUACUGGGUGAUAGACCAGGCAACGGGCAGGAGCUCCGGAAGAGUGUCAGUAGCACAGUCUGCCAGAGUCCUGCUGCGGAGGGUGACCCAAGCCAGCUGGCUGGAGAGAGCAGUGUUGGGACCACAGUGGAAAAAGAAAUGGAGAGUACCUUGAGAGCAGGGAGCCACAUCUUGAGCCCAGAUCAGGUCCCCUGCCCCUGGCAAGAGAAGAGCUCAGUCUUCCUCUCCAAGAGCAGCACUGUUGGAAAUGUAUACUCCAUGGGGGAGAGUGAACUCUCACCUUCAAGCUUGGGGGUGCCAGGAGGCACAGUGCAACGAAGCCAUUCUGACUUAGCCUCAGGCUGCAGGUAUCUCAGCCUCAGUGUUCCCAUGGAAGCUAGCGUUAGCUGUUUUGCCCUGGGCUCCUCAUCAAAUGGAAGAAGCAAUCUCAUUCCAAGAAAUGUGUUCAUGCAGAGGCCUGGCAUAGGGCCUCAUGACAAUGUGAACCCAGGCAACCAGCCUCCUUUCUCUGACCCUCAAAGUUCAACUGACAAUGUUGGAGGUGAUCUGGUCUCACAGGAUGCUGAGGCUGGUAGAGAUACAGUAGCUACCUUAUCUGCCACUGUGGUAGAGGUCCAGAUACCUGGAGACAGCUGUAGGAGUGACUCAAUUCAAGAUCCAGGUGGUAGGACCCAAGGUAGCAUCCGCUCAUGCUCGGUGCCCAUGGCUCCUGGUCACAUACAUACCACCUCCUCUCCCUACUGUCCUAGACAAGCAGAAACUUCUGUGAGGACAAGUGAUACCCACUCUGCCUACUGCCACCCCCUGCCCAUCCCAGCCCUCCAGGUUGACCCUGGGAUGCUGUGCGCCAUGAAUGAAAUGGGUGUUGCUGGAUGCUGCCACGUCCUGUCCACAUCAGAGAUUCUGACGUUUCCCAAGCUGGUGUCAUCUGUGAGUGAAUCUGGCCUCCAUAACCAGCAUUUGGUUAGAUACCGCAGGCUGGCAGAUGAGGCCCCAGUUUGCAUUCAUUGUUAUGCUCCAAUCAAGUGCCCACAGCAGGAAUCUGCAGCAGGUUCUAUGCUCCUCGUAAGCCAACCAGCUACAGACCCUGUCACCAAGACCAAAGAUGUGUCGACCAUGACUUCCACUGGUGACUUGGCAUUGGGGCCAUUGGCCUCUCUGCAUUGCAGGGAUGCUGAGGUCCAGACAGCUCCAUCGACAGCCUGCAAGGCUGUGGCCACCAGUCCCUCCCCGCUCAAAGACCAGGUGCCCCCACAUGUAUUCCCAGAGGUGAACUUGGAGGUCAGCAGAGAGGAGCCUAAGUCCCCAGUGCGAGAGGUCAGGUGGGAUGAAGAGGGGAUGACCUGGGAGGUAUAUGGAGCCUCGGUUGAUCCAGAAGUUCUGGGCCUGGCCAUCCAGAAACAUCUGGAGAUUCAGAUUGAGCAGUUCCAGACUGUUCCCUCAAAAGAGGGCACCCAGCCAGGUGGUGAGGAGGCCCUGAUUAAGGAGGGGAAAAGAAGGCCCUUUCGAACCAUGAUCCAGUCCCUGAGACGUCCCAGCUGUUGUGUCCAUUCGAGCACUGCCGUAGAAUAACGAAGAUGCCCUUUCCUUUCUACCCUGAGACUUUCUGGGGUUGGCUGGUUCCCUCUGCAAUAGAAGAUGCAUUAUUCAGGAAAAAAAAAAUCAUUGCAAAGCCCUCUGGGAUUAAGAUGCCAGCCUGUAUGGAUAAGAAGUGUCUGAGGCAGUCACUUAAUUAGCAACGCUUCCAGUAGAUCCAAGUGGGAGGAAAGGGAAAAGAGGUGGAAAUUGUCAGUUGACUGCCAUUGAAAAAUCUCUGCCCGUUGACUCAUCACCCAUCUCUGCCUUCCUGUGCUGGAGCGAGACUCUAGCUCAUCUAUUUAGGUGCCAUAAGCGCUGAGGAGUGUGUCUGGGUUUUUAAAGGGAAGAAUCUAUUUUCUGCAUCUCUUGUUACUGGGGACUAGCUUUCAAAGUUUAGCUUUAAAGCAUUCUUUUUUUUUUUCCAGUGUGACAUUGGUUAACCUCAUUUCAGACCUAAUGCUGUAGUCUUACGAAACCUCAAUACCAAACGUGAGCUCUCCCCAUGAUCCCCCUCCACCUGAUAGUGGUUGCCUUUCUGUCAUUGCUCAGUUAAUGAAUUACUAAGUUGCUCGGGGACUUCUGUUAGGUCUGAAUUAUUUCUUCACUGCAGGUGGAAUGGACUGUUUUCAAAGGAAAGGCCUACUUCAGAAAACAUUUAAUUGCAAUAUGUGUGCUGGGGCUAGCGUUAUGAAUAGGCAGGACAGUUAGUGAUGUCUGAUUUCGGAGGCAUCAGUAAAUCACGUGGUUUGAUUUCAGGGACGUCAGGAAAGAACCUCUGCCCCCACAAUAUUUGUCAAGCUGCCUGAAAUUCCAUGAUUUGAGCAUCAUCCCGUUAGUUUAAUGCUCUCUGGCACCUGUUAAAAUGCAAAUGCUCCCUGGAGAAGGGGUGUCAGGUAUUAAGCCUUAUGUGACUGCAUACACCUCAAUGUGAAUAAGUUUGUCAGCUCCUUUUCUGAGAACAAGUUCUGAUGGGAAAGGAAGAGAGACAAAGGUGCUGGGGUGCAUAGGAAGUCCCACCUUUCAUAAGUGUGACCACAUUGUCAUGAUUUUGGGAAAUUAUAGCAUAUAAAUGCAGCUUACAUUCAAGGGGGCAGUCCUUCUGUUUACCCUCCCAAGUCCAAGGACCUAGGGUGUCAUUUUUAUCAUUUUGGGAGUUCCCCACAGAAACUCAGCAAGUAGCUCAGGCUUUUGCAUAGUAAACUGCAAGACACCCAGGUGUUGCCUUUUUAAUGAUGAUGUGAAUGCCAGUGAAGUUGUUUUGUUUUGUUUUGUUUUGUUUUGGACAUUGCAUGGCCCACACUGAAAUGUGGGGCAGGAUCUGGUGCCAUGUAACAUGCCCACAAGGGGAGCUUCAGGGUCAGAACAUGUGUUGUAAAGCAUGUCCAGUGGUCCUGGCACAUAGGUGGAUUGUCAUGUUUUCAGGUGGGCCCACAAGGCCUUCCUGGAUCUUCCGUGUGGAUCAUGGAAUAUGGAUGGAUACCAGUAUCUGCCUGCACACUCGCCAUUUUUAAACCAGGAAAAUUGGAUCAAGAGGAGAAACUAAUGCUAACAUUCCCUUUUGUUUGGGGGAAAGAUCUGAGCCUGAGCCUUGGGUUCUCCUAGUUGCUCUUGACUUUUUUUUUUUUAAAAGAAAAAAAGAAAACCACCAUAGUAUUCUGGUACCAAAGUGAACCCAAUCUGUGUUCUUUUUGCACUGGCCCAUGCUGCUUAGCGCCUUAGUUUUUAGAUUUGUGUAUUUAUGUGUGUGUGAGUGUGUGUGUGUGUGUGUAUGUGUAUGUGUACAUUGUGUUUGUGUUUUUCCAAAAAUGAAAUGUAACGAAAGGGCUAAUACCACCCCAUGAUAGGAAAUGUGCUCAUGCUGCUUCCUCUGAUGCUUUUCCUUCUCUUCUCUGUAAGGUUGUUGUCCCUUCUGCUGUUUUAGUGUAUUGGUGUGCAUGUGAUAUUGUGGCAAUAUGAAAAAUGUGCCGCCCUUGGUGUGCAAAGACGACAUUACUAAAUUAUAGCUCCAGAAGUUGAUGCAGACUUGUGCUAAGCUGCCCUCAUUUUUUUCUGGUUCCCCCCUGGGAGCAGCUGCAAGGGGUCAACUGGAGUCUGUGGCCAGAGCUUGGGGUCAGCCCAUGGCCAGGACUCCAGCCCAGCCUGCGGCCAUGGUGAGGGGCUCAGUCUUGGUUGGAGCAAGUUUGUGUCCAAGGAUCAGGGUUGGGGCUAAAUCUGUGGCUAAGUUGAAGGUGGGAGUGUUUGGGAUCAGUCUAUGAUCCUCAUUAAUGCUCAGUGUUUGCUUAGGGUGGGGUUGUUGAGGGUUAUGGACAGGUUAGGCAGGGCUCAGUUUGUAGCUAGUUUUAAGUUAUAGGAGCACGGAUUUAGAGUUAGAAGGGACCUGAUAGGUCAGUCAGUCCAACUGUUCUCAUUUUGCCAAACAGCUGAUAAGUGUCUGAGGUGGGAUUUGAACUGAGGUCUUCAUGGCUCCAAAUCCAGCACUCUUCACUAUACCAUGCUCCCUCUCCUAAGGCUACAGCCAGGACUAAGGGACUAAGAGCCAGGGCUCAGUUUAUAGCCAUAGUUAGGGAGUCAGUCCAAGGUCAAGAUUAGAGGGUCAGCUUGUUCAUAGGAGUUAUUAGCUCCUAGCUCAUUCUGUAUUUAGGAUUUAGGACUGGGAUUGGGGCUCAAUCUAGGACCAGAGUUGACAGGAAUGUCAGUCUGUGACUGGAUUUAAGAUGUAGGCUGAUCCCUGGGGUAGGGGGAGGGGGGGAGGUCAAUUUGUAUUAAAAUUUAAGGAGUCAGUAUGUGGCCAAGGUUAGGGGAUCGAUCUUUGACUACAAUUAGGAGCUCAGUCAGUUUUUGGUAUUAAGGGAUUAGGCUGGGAUUAGGGAUCAAUUUAUAUAUAGUUAGGGUUGGAGUAUUGUCAAUUUAUGGCUGGGUUUAGGGUACAGUAUCAGUCUCUGGUCAGUGUUAAUAUCUCAGCCUCUAGUCAGGGAACCAAAGGUUAUUAUUUUUUUUUUCUGUGCAAAGUUAACUGGCCCCCAUGGGGAUUGAGCCCAAAGUGUUGUCCUAAUUAUCUCCAAGCUCAAACUAACUGAGUUAAUUAGUUCAGGUCCAGCAACUCAGUUAUCAGAUGUGAGCUUAAAGACUAAAUUGGGGCAUGAAGAUACGUUUGUCCAAUUCAGCCACAAGUCUGACACCUGCUGUGGUUUAAUGUUUACAGUGUCGCUAGUUCGAUCCUUCAGUUGUGACUUUAUUUUACAACAUGACUUUUUGGGUUCCCUUAUGAUUGUGUGUGUGUUUUUAAAUCACUGUGAAUAAGAAGGCAGCUUCCAAAACUUUGCCAAGAUGGUGGUUCAUUUCAUUCACAUCCCUAGAAGUAGGGGUUGUGGCACUCAUGGGGUGGGGGUGAGGGAGCAAGAGAAAGUCAUCUUCCAUUGUUAGGGGGAAGGAGAUGGCCCCAAAAAGCAUCCACAUAAGCAUAAAUCAGAAGCCAGGUUAGAUCAGAAGGUGAGGGUUUUUUAAAUAUCAAAAUUCAAGGAGACAGUAGGAAAUGGGAAAUAGGUCCCCCAUACCCCUUCCUAAUUCAGUUGCACAAGUGAAACUGUGGGUUUGGAGAAAGAUGGGUUAAGAAAGUUUACAGGGCUAGGAAAGGAACAAUCUGGAGAUUUUUAAUUUAAUAAUUUAUUUUGGUUAUAGCAAAUCCACUCAUUUGUAGUAGAGGAUCACACAAUUUUAGAUUUAGAAGGGAUGUUAGAGGUCAUCUAAUUGAAUCUCCUCUACAGUAUCUUUGAGAAAUGGUUAGGAAUUUUUAAAAGCCACCCCUUGACAGAACUUACUACUUUGCAAGACAACCUAUUCCAUUGUUUAACAAUUAUGUGGCACAAGGGACCCAUUACCCUGAAACGCCCCACUCCAGAAAGCUACUCUAGGUACUUUGUAGGUCAGAAUCCUUUCAAAACCAUAGCUUGUAGGUACCAGUGUGUUUACUUUUACUAGUCGUGCAGAAGAUAUAUUUAAUUCAAAGCAAAAGCAUUAAUGAAAUACCAUAAUAAUAACAAUUAUAGCAGAACAUUCCCGAUAUAAACCUUGACCUCACUCUCCCACAAAUAAUCAUACUCUCAGGGGAAAGAGAAAAUAGGAAUAAUAUACCAUUGGGGAUAUGUAUGUUGCCAAAGCACUCACAAGUUGAAGCACACAGACAGGUAAUAUGUGUGGCUAGAGCACAGAUGUGAAGAAGCAACAUAUAUCUCUAACACAUACUGCUGUACAUCCACCAGUUUCUUCUGUUUGGUGUGUCGUGGUGAUGUUCUCUGCUCAGCCAGUUUUCCACCAGGCAUCAAAUCUCCACUAUUCCCCAUUGGGCAUUAUAUCUUUACUCUAGUUAGUUUUUAGCUAUCUUUAGGGCAACUUAAUAUCCUGCCCACCUUUUAUGUGUUUACCUAUAUGCCCUUCCUUUCCCCUCUCCUACCUCUCAGUUUUAACAAAGAAAACUAAUCAAGCUAAACUGACCGGUAUUGUAACUGUGUCUAUUCCAUGCUGCAUUGGCCACCCAUAGUUUCCUUGACUCUGUAUUCCAUCGUGGUCAUUGCAUUUAUUCAGAGUAAAUAUGUUUCUGUGUUGUUUUUAUUUACGUUACUGUAGUCAUUUGUGCUUGUUUUUUUUCUUCACUCUAUCAGCUCAUACAAGUCUUCCCAGGCUUCUCUAAAUUCCUCAUUAAUUUCUUACAGUCAGUAAGAGGAGCUAGCAAUCAGAGAAAGAGUGGUCCAAGAAGCAAAAACUACAGCAUAAUGGAAGUAGAGGGAAAGGGUGGUCCUUGGUGUCAGGCCCAGGAGUAUAACUGAAGAGAAAGUUCUUAUCAUUAUUGUUUAUACGAGACCUUCAAGAAAGUAGAGCCAGAAGCCAGAUUAUUAAAGAGCGGAUGCACGGACAGAAAGUGGAGGCACUGAAUACUCACUAUUCUUUUCUGAAGCUCAAUUGCAAAGAAAAGUAGAAAAAGAUAAAGGUAGCUAGGGAGGUACAGGAUAGAAGGGGAAGGAGUUUUCAGAAGAGGGAGAGGGGGACCUGAGCAUGAAGGUAGGCUGAGGGGCAGGAGCCAUUGGAAAAAGAAAGAAUGAAGAUACAAAAUGAGGAGGUAAUAAUUGAGGGAGUGGGUUCUCAGGGGAGGUGAGGGAGGAUGGGAUCAAGAAUAUGGGUCAAUGAAUUAAAUUUAAUGGAUGUUUUUAAAGCAUGCUGUACAUAACAGAUUCACAGUUUCGUAUAUAAUCUUCAUUCUGUUCUUUGUAUAUGGAAGUGGUCAUGUUUAUUUUUGUCAAGUUCAUUAAAAAAAGAGGAUGAAUAGAGAGAUUUACCUUGGAUAGAAGAGAUACUUCUUUCUUGAGGACAGGAACAAAGAAGAAGAGAAAGCAUAGUUUGUGUAGUAGGGGAAGCUCUAGAUGCAGGGCCUGGAUCUACUUAGUGAAGUAGCUGGCCUAGUGAAAGGAGGGGUGUUGGGGUGAGAAGGGCCAUCCUCCUUUUGGAGGCUCAUAUUUGUUUUGAACAAAUGGCCUGUUUUGUAGGCUUUAGACUUUUUUUUUUUUAAACAAACCUCAGUUCAUUCUGGGCUUUGGAUUUCCUGGCUUUAUGUGCCACGUGCUUCUAUGCCUCCUUGGCACAUGCCUAUUAGCACAUUUUUUUAAAAUGUCCUUUUAAAACAGAAAAAUAUCAGUGAACAAGCUAUGAAGUCACAUUAACUUCUUUAGACAGCUGACCCCUUUCUUGAUCAUUGAGAUUAUUCAUGAUUGUAUAGUAGGAGCUUAAUUUUUUAGAAUAUUUAAUCCAUCCUAAGCUCUUUUGGAAGCUUUGGCCUUGAGGUAAUUCCUUACCUUUUCCCUCAGCUUUUAAAAAUCUUUCCUAAUGCCUGACUAUGCCAAAUAUCCCAUCUUUUUCUUAUAUGAACUUUAAGUUGAGACAUUUCAUUCUCUCUCAAGGUUCCCAAUGAUAUAAUUGGUGCAAGAAGCUGGACAUACUUAAAUUAAAAUUAAUUUUUUUUCAGUUCUUUCUAUAUAUGAGCCAAUAUUCAUGGGAAAUAAGGACUAAGUUAGACAGAUGGUACAAUAGAUCUCUUUUCCUUCUGGAUCUAAGUAUCUAAGCACUUGGAAUGCUGGGAGUUACCUGAAAAAAAAAAAAAGGAAAAA